AUGUGCCGAGGUGUGAAGAUCAAGCUAACUGGCACUCGGGUCUCUCAGCCAAUACAGAGGGCAGGCAGAAAGCUGGAGACGAUUCGCCGGCUGCUCGAAUCUCAAGAAAGGAAGCCUGGCUUGCUCGGUCUUCGACAGAAGAGUCCGAUGAGAAGUGCUGGCACUACGAACACCAUUGACAUGGCGGAAUUCAAGUUUGCAUCGUCAACCUAUGCGUCCCAGACUCACUUUGCCCAACCUAUGGAACAGUACAGGGCUGCUGCAUCUGCCUGCGCAAAGCCUUGUGCUGGGUCUUCCAUCCGCUUUCUUCUGUCGGUCACACAGAGAUCUCAAGGUUCGGAGAACGCGAAGAACUCCAAAGGCCUCCUCGCAAUGUCAAAGGCAGAUUCAGUCACCAACACUAGCAAUCGACGGUGCAAAACAGCUCCAGCUGCCUGGAAGAAGGAUUCUGUCAAGCGAUGCGCAACUUGUUUUUGA